AUUUUAUUUCUUAGGACAUAUUUUUAGUAAAUGCAAGCUAGGUAUAAGCUUAAUCAAAAUCUCACUCAGUACUCUAUGCUCCGCCAAUAUUGAGAAUUUAACACCCUUCAUUUACAUCGGGUUCAGAAAGCAUUCGGAUUACCUUUCUUUGCUUUCCCUUAUGAAAGAGCAAAAUAACCGAGGAUAUUUCGAAUGACCUGAAAAAUGGCUGGAAGUUCAGCGGCAUCGUCCACUGUUGAUCGACUCAAACAACUAGAGACAGUUGAAAGUGAUGUGAUAAGUGCCAUUCAAAGUGCAGGAUCUGCUCUUCAAGAAUUAUCCAAAGAUAAACCAGUGAUGAAAAAUGUUGAAUCCCACACCACAACAUUCAUUAAAACACUAGUAGAAGUUGAGAAAAAAUUAACAGGACAUAUCAACUACUUAACUCAAGUUUCUACAGGACAACCACACGAAGGGUCGUCAUACGCCCCACAGAAAGAUCUUCUAUUGGCCUACCACCGUGUGGACCACAUACGAAGUCGAUUGAGCGACUUGGAACGAUUGACAGCUGAGCCCGUGGCUCAUCGACAACAACUGACCCAGUCAGAUCUAUUACAGAUGAGUGAGCAACACUGACCAGAACGGAAUGGAACUACGACCUGUUCAUUGUGAGGGUUAAAGGCCGUUGCAACUCUUUGUAAAGGAGUGGGCAGUGGCGAGGAUCUCACUUAAUGUGUUUCCAUGUGGCAGCUACCUGUAUGUGUACAAGGGAAUAUCCUUCAUAGAUCUUAAAUGUGGAGUGCUUGCCUAGAUGUGCUGUAUGUAUCGUGUGAAUGUUGACUGAUGGACAAACUGUCUAAAAGUCUACGAAACGGUUGUAAAAUGAAAAAAAAAUUGUUUACUGUAUUCAUUCUGAAAGUUAACAUCCAGUUAUAACGUGUCUCUCAAUUUUGUUUAUUACAAGUGCUUACAACAUGUACAACAUCCAAAACUCAAAAAAUGAAUUUUAUUUAAGAUUUUUUCUGUUUAUGUAUACAUUUGAAUAUUAGAAUUUAGUUUCAUUUUGAAAAUCAGAUACAUUCAAAUUUAUGGAAGUUUAGACGUUGUUCAUAUUUCAUGUGCUUGAUCUCAGUCAUGUAGUAAACUGAUAUCAAUGUGCAACUGGUAUGGUACACAAUUAAAAAUGAAGAUGUAAAUUAUUGAA